UAUUUCCCAGACCCCAAAAAGAUUGAAUAGAACUUUCCAGAAGUAUAUUACAUAAAUUUUUGAAACCGAAGUUUGAAUAAGUUUUCUACAUGUUUGUUCCAUUAAAAGGAUAGUUAAUAGUCCAUGAGUUCACAAGAGUUUUCCAUUCAUCUAUAUAUGUUAUCAACAGUUGUACGCAAAACAUAAAUCGAGAAUCGGCGCAGCGCUAAUUUUGAAACAUAAUAUUAAAAAAACAUACGUACCUAAAUUUUCGUACCUAGUUACAUUUGACAGUAUUUAAAAAGAAGUCGGUCCCUGUGGUUUCUCGUAUUUUCCGGUACGCGGCGAACGGUCACAUCAUAGUGCACAAAAAAUCGAGUUUCCUGCAUUUUCAGACACCAUAAUAAGCGACUUAUAGUGCGAUUUCCGUUCUGAAAACAGUGCUACAAUCAGCGUCAGACCCUUGAGCACCAACCAGACCGGACGGGAGUACGGAUAAUGUGGCGCCUGGCCCGUGAAAGGCCCCUGGAAAACGACGCAUGAGACCCGAACUGCGAACCAGAUGAUAGGGUAGCGUGCCAGCGAGAGCGAGUGAGAGAGGGCGAGAGGAACAGAGAGAGAGGAGGCCAGAGUAGACACAAAACUCCGAGCGGAGUUCUCGCCCAUUUUCCGGCCGAUUUCGCAGUCUAUAUAGCCGCUAUAUAGUCGCCGGGAUGGCGGAGGAGAACCCGGGCGGCCGUGCCGGCGAUGUGCCCGAUGCGGGGGCGGAGGAAGUGGGCGCCUCGGUGAUCGUGGAGCCGGGGUCCGAGGGAUCCAAUGCAGGACCCCAUACCCUUCCGGCUGCGGCCAUGAAGUUCGCCGAUCUCACCGAGAGCGGCAGCGAGUCCGGGGACAACGAGGCCGAGGAGCCCGCUGCCGCAGGCCCGGAAAAUCAAGCAAAUCCAAACAGUGAGCCGGGCACCAGUGCCUCUGCCGCGGAGGAGAACACCGCGGCGGAGCGCUCCUCGCCGCCGCCCAACUGCGCCAUCUGCUUGUCCCGCUGCAAGAGGAAGUGCUUCACCGACUCGUGCAUGCACCAGUUCUGCUUCAAGUGCCUGUGCGAGUGGAGCAAGAUCAAACCCGAGUGCCCGCUGUGCAAGCAGCCCUUCAAGACCAUCAUACACAAUGUACGCACCCUGGACGACUACGAUCGCUAUCCGGUGCAGAGCUCUUCGCCCGUUCCGCCAGAUCACCCCUCCUUGCGCUUCCAUAUAGUGCGGCGUCCCAGGUACAUGCCUCUGGUGCAGAACCAGGCCGUCAUGACCAACGACAUAGAGGCCGGACUGGCAGCAGGGGCUGCGGGAGAAGAGAUCCUGCCAGCGGCAGAGGUGGCUGCCGGCAGGCACUCGUACAGCCGCUUCGAGCCCUACCGAGUGGAGCUGAUGAACUACUACCGGCACGACCAGGAUGCGGCCACUUCGGGCUCGCUCAGCCAGCUCUGGCGGCGCUACGUGUACGACAGAAAGCUGUAUGCCCUGCCCGUCAGCGAUAGCUUGACAGGACAUUUCCGCGAGUGGAGUGCCCGCUUCUACAGAAACAAUCCCGCCCAGAUGCAUCGCCUGAUGCCUUGGAUCCAUCGCGACAUUGUGUGCUUGCUGAGAAAUGCCGCACAUAGCGUGAGCACUGUGAUGCAGCUGAUGAACGAUAUCCUGCCCAUGACCAAUAUACUGGGUCCCACAUUCCGUCGCCGGCUGUCGCCGUAUCUGGGCGAGCGCACCAGCCACUUUAUCCACGAGCUUUUCAACUUUGCCCGCUCCCCCUUCGACAUGAUCGGCUACGACCAUGUGGUCCAAUACUCGGCUCGCGUGGCCGAGGAGGUGGAGGUGGAUCUGCUGGACAUGGUGGAGACCCAGUCCUCGAACGGCGAUGAUCUACACCUCGAGGUUGGUGACAGCGAUGGCGAUGCCGUCAAUGCGGAGUUCUCCAACGACUGGAGCCCUCCCAGCGGACGUCCGUCGACCAGUGUGAUUGUGACAAACCCCGGUGCCACACAUUCCUUCAGCGUGACAAUGGCCAGCGAUGGCAGUGAGCUGCCGGGCAUCUCUAUACGCCGAACAACCACAUCCAACGUUGGCUCACAAACGGUGGCUAUUAACCUAAGCAUGAGGCGUCCAGCGGCUGUUGCCAGCGAGGAGGCGGAGGUCAUAGAGAUCGACGAUGGCGACGCAGCUGCAAAUGCCGAAGUGGCGGCCAUCAAUGAUGGCAGCAAUCCUAGCAGGAGACACGCUGGCGCCACCCUCCCAGUAAGUGCCCACAUCGAACUGCAGAGCAGCAGCAGCUCGGGCGACGAAGAUGAGUGCGUCUUUGUGUUGGAGCUGAAACCGCCGCACCUGCGCACACCCGAGCAGGUGAGCCUGGACUCGAAUAGUGACUCAGAUGUGGUGUUCGUGAAUGAGCAGAACGAGGCUCCGCCGGCUGCAGGUCUCGGCGACCAGGCGACACAAUCGCCAGUGGAUCAGUCUUCCCGAGAUCAGGCCUUGUUCAUGGGUCCCAGCACGAGUGCAGCGGCUAACAGAGGCAAAAACUGGAAGCUUGUGGUGGCGGAAGCGCGUCGCCUUGAUGAGUUGCGCACAGUGCGUUCAACGCGAUCGAAGAGAUCGCGCCAGCGGUCCUCCGUCCGUGCCCGUAGUUCCACUGCCAGUGGCAGCAGCAACAGCAGCUGCAGCAGCUCCUCCUUCCACUUCAGCAGCAGCAGCGAUGACGACAGCAGUGCCAGCAGUACAUCAAAUGUGGAGCCAGCCAAGAAAAAGCCACGUAAACCAGCGAAUAAAAAACGCACUAGGAAAACCACAAAUCAAAAAGCAACAUCCCGCAAACGAAAGCGCCAGGUGAAGGAUGUAAAGCAGCAAUUGACCCAACAGCUGGAGCAGCUGCUGCAGAGCAGUAGUACCAGCCCCAGUUCGUCUGAUGACGAAUCAGCUGGCGAUAGCAGCGAUACAUCCGGUCAACCCAACCCCAACAACAACAAAACUAGCAGUGAUGAUUCUGAUGAUGAUAGCACUGAAAACCUGCACCUUAGUGCUUUGCGGGCCACACUCAAAGCGGAGGCCCCGCUGGAGGAUACAAAACCACUGAAACUGGAUCACCAUACGUCCGACGACAGCACGAGGAAACAGCAGCGCGAGUUGACUCACAAUACCGAGAUGGCUCGAGCAGCAACAGAGGAUACCCAACCGGGAUGCAGUGCACCAAAGCGGCGACGGAGUUGCAGUAACAGCAAUCAGUCAAGCCAGAGUGCCAGUUUGGCCAGCACCUCAACGGCCUCAUCGAUUAGUUCGUUUGGCUGGAGAGCCGCAGGAUAUAAGGAAGUGGUGGAGCACGACAUAGCAAACUCCCUAAUAGAACUAUCCACGCUGGCGCAGCCGAGGGAGAGCCUCUUCAACGAGCAUUCUAAUUCGGCAGAGAUUUCCCUCGGUUCGCUGCGCAAUACUCUCCGCGGCAGCUCACGAACACUGGCGGGGGAUGACGCAAAUCUGGGUUUAUAUUGUGGGGCAGACGAGGAUCCGGAUGCCAGCAAUGAACGGAAUGGCUUUUCCCUGGAGGCUGCGAUCGACGUGGUUGGAGAAGCUGAGGUGGGAAUCGCCGAGGAUACAGCCACUGCCACUGAAGAACAAGAUGAAGAGGACGAAGACGAUGAGGAAGACGGUGAAGAUGAACAGGAAGAGGGAAAGGCUGAGGAGGAGGAAGAAGAGGAUGAGGACGAUAGUGACAACAACGAUGAUGGCGAGGGUGUGGAUCGGGAGCUGCUGGCGUUUCUAGCAUAAGCCACUGACUUUGGUUUUGAUUUAAGUUCUUAAUUUAAAGGAAUGUUAAAUUGGUUUCCGUCUUGUCUUGUUCCGAUUCCUAAGCCCCUGAACCCAAUAAAGUAAUAAUACGUGUAACUUGCUAAGUAAGUAACUAAAACCAGUAAGCUUAAGCUCAAACUAGAUGUAUUUUAGGCCUAGGAUUGCCAUUUUAAGUUGUACAUAUUCAGAAACCAACAUCUUGAUAAAAUUAUAUAUAGUUAUGUUUACACAACUAUCAACUGAAACAUUGAUAAAGUGUUCUCGGAUAUAUGUAGCCCACCCCCAAAAAUCCCUUCGAUGACCCUAGAUCGUCCCCUUCCUAUCCCCACAUCGGUUGUAAAUGUAUUUAUUUAAGUUAACCACAGCCUACAUAUACUAACUAUAAACUAUGGCAUCUAACUUUGCUGUUCUUAGCUUAUAAAUCAUAGAUCUUACUCUGAUCAAUAUAUGGCGAGAGUGUUAA